GUAAAAUUGAUGCAUAACACUGAAUAAAAUCGUGUAAAUGACCUAGUAAAAGUACCUGAAAUCGUUCAAAGGUUCCUGAGUUAAUGUAAUUGGUGACAUUCUUUCAUUGCCUAUGGGAAACCUAGUAUAGGGACGUAUUUGUCCUCUGACUGUGGACAGAGAAGUUGGACAGUGGGAAGAUUUCUUUAUGCGACCAUUCGAAAAACUUCCCCGACCAAUCUCAGUGCUGCUCUGGUGCAGUGGCUCCUCCUUUCUGCUGCCUGCUCCCACGUUACACCCUCCAUCUCUCUGUUGCAUUGUCUUAUUGGGAACGCAGCGUGCGGGUGACUCCACCGGACAUGGAGGGUUUUAAGUGACAAAUAACUGAGGCAGCGGUGCGCACCGGUUCCGCCUGCCGGGCACCCCGAUGAAGAUGGCUGGCCGCCGCAGCUGCAUGAACUCGCUCUGGUCGGGCACUGAGCGCGUCCGCAUCGGAGAGCGCCUCAAGGCGACGCUGGCCGGGGUGCUAGAGCUGGAGCUGCUCAGGUGCAAACACCUGGAGAUGGUGGACGCCGCUCUGGAGGACAGAGCCGCUGCUGCCACGGACGAGCCACGGGUGGAGGAAAGGAGCGAAACCCCAGUGAGCGCCACCUCGGAUCCGGAGCGUGGCUCUGCGACAUCCCACAGGCAACAGGCUCCUUCUCCAUCAGAUGUCAUGGCAUUACCCUGUCAGAGCAGCCUAGAAGACUGUGGCAGUAAUUCAGCUGAUGGGACGGCCCACUCCUUGUCCGGCAGGGGGAGUAACUCACGCUGGUCUACUCUGUCCUGGGAUGCCCCAUCAGACCUACUCUCUCCCCCAACACCAGACCCUAGUGGUAUGGUCCACCUGGACAGUGACUCCAGACCUAGUUCAGGUUUCUAUUCCGUGAGUGGGAGCUCUCUGUCGGACUCUUGCUACUCUGUGUCCAGUGAUGCUGCUCAGGGAGGACCGGCACUGCUGGCCAGACCUCUGAAGCUAUGGGAGCAGGUUCCUCUGUCUGCUGACAAUGCUGAUAUCCUGUGGUCAGAAGGUGCAGUGCAGCAGCAGCAGCAGCAGCAGCCUGUACUGCAGAACAGCCUGGAAGACACCAAACCUACAGCAGAGACUCUGGUUUCAGUCCCAAAUGACCUUGAAGAAACUGGUCUGAGCUUUCUGUUUGACCUCUGCUCAGGACUUGGUGAAUCCCUGAUUGUUUCCCUCCUUCUGCUUCUUGACCCCACUUUGUCUUCCUCAACCUCCUCCCUACAUUCGAGACCCCAGCUGGACCCUCGCUACUGUACAGACCUGGUUUCCCGUCGGACCAAGGAGGUUUACACCUACCCCAGCCCGUUGCAUGCCGUUGCCCUACAGAGCCCCCUCUUCACCUCCCAGAACCAGGAGCAGUCAGCCUCGAUGAGUCCUGAAGGACACCAAUAUGAUGAACAACUAGAGUCCAGCACUGACCCAGCUCUACCUCUCCAACCUCAGCAGCCCCCUACACCACCCUCCGUCACCCAGCUUGAACAGUAUAUCUCUCGGCUGGCUCGUCAGUAUCACACUCGGGUAACCUCGUCCACCUCUGAUCUCACUGCCACCCCUGGUCCAGUCACGCGUAGAGGUCUUUGUACCCCAGGCAAAAGUCAUGGUUCUACUCAGUCCCUUUCUGCCUUUGAGAGCCGCAGUACACCCACCACCCUGCAAGGGGGCAGCAUCACUCCCUGUAAGUCACUGCUGGGAAACUCGGCCAGGGUCAGCCUCAACACUACGGGGAAAAAAGCCACCAGGAACUCAAUCAACCUGGGUAACCUUCCUUCAGCAACUGGAGAGGACCUGAGCAUAAAUCUGCAUCUCAACCUCAACUUUAAUGUGGCUCCAGGUGUAAAUUCCAGUCUAGGUCUGGUGGACAACCCCAAAAAUAGCAGUUGUGGAGCUUUUAGGAGUGACUUUGCUUCUGCUCCCACUGCCUCUGCUUCAUCACUUUCCUCAGCUACACCUACCCCAGCACUUAGAGCUCGAUCUCGCAUUUCAACAUGUCCAAGCAGCCUGAGCCACCGCAGUUCUCUGGAGGUCACUUCAGGGUCUGGAACCAGUUGUGGAUUUGGAUCAUCUGCCUUCUGUCGUUCAUUGGACUGGAGCAACAGUGCGCCACCUGAUGCUUUGCCAUCAGUGUUUGGUACAAAUGCUGGGUCAGCUCCUGGAUCUCAGCGCAGCAGCUUGAUCCAAGAGUCCAGCUCCAGUCCCAAACUAAACGAAGACUCCCCCAUGGUGGGAGAGAUCUCCCGGCUCUCUGGCCUGUCCAGGGCUGUUGUGGUCGGUCUGAUGGAACAAGGUGUAGAACUGGAUAUUGACUGCUUCCAAACAGAUACUGCAGGCGAUGGAAGGGGUCACAAUAAAACUCACCUGACAACCCAGACAGAUCAGUCACAUGACUACAGUAGACGGACCGACCUGAAUCCCCAGAGACCAAUACAGCUCUCCCUCAGUGUCACCCAUUCUCCACAGUCUCAGUCCAGUCUCACCCCUCCUCUUUCACAUUCCAGCAGCCCCAUACACCCAUACCAAUCCAUCCAUGCUCCCUACCCCUCGCACUGCCACUACCAGCAGAUUUCGUCUCCAUCUGACCUUCCCUCUUCCACAGCCUCCUCCCCUGCCUCCCGCCCUACCCCCAGAGGUCGCUCCCCUCCCCGGCCUCUCCAGCCCUCCCCUCUGAGUGCCACCCCUCUCUCGGUUUUUCGUCGGGAUGCACCCUUCCAGUGCUCCUUGCCACGCACCAAUACUAGGCCCUCUCUUUUGGAGCAUGGCGGUAUCCAGCCAAGAGGUGGAUCACUUCGGCAGAGUGGGGGAGGAAAUGGAGGUAGCGGUGGGUGGAAGCGGAUGGAGGGUGAGGGGCUAUAUAGAGGAAAGCAUGCCUCACACAAGUUGAUCAGGGCAGCCACAGUUAGCAGCUAUGCCAAGAGAGAGGACUACAGCUCUGUUUGGGCUGAGCAGCAGCAGAAGGAGCGAUCAGGAGCUCAAGCACCGAGAAAGACCUCCAACAAACUCUGGAGGGGCUUUGAGGGACGCCUCUGGUGCAAAGAGUCCGAAAACGAAAGGGAGGAGAUGGACAGAGUGGAGUACGGCUAUGGAUGGAGGAGGAACAGUGUUGGAAGCUGGAGGAAGGAGCACAGAAGGGUGAAGACUUCAUCUAGUAGUAAUGACAAGAGGCCAAAAGUAGAUAUCUCACCCAUGCUCUCAAACAAGAGAGGGAAGGAAGAUGGGGAAAGACGCAGCUCCAGCCUCAGGCUUUCCAGGAGGGCUCUAUUCAGGAGUGAGUCCCAGGGUUUGCUGGUACCUCGUAAUUAUGGCGAGGAGCCCUCAAAGCGGGCACUCUGGGUCUCCUCCUUUGAUGUGGGGCAAGGGAGCUUAGGCAUUAGCAAAAAUGAAGGGGUCAGACUGCUGAGAGCAAAAGAGGACAAACACCUCUCCUCCACCGCCAGUCUCUUUAACCUUUCUCGCUCUCAGAGCCUGGAGGGCAGCUGCCAUUCCCUCUCUCCUCUUUCUUCCCCUUCCUUUUCUCCAUCCCCUCCCCCACGGAUGCCCCUUCAGCGCUCUCGAUCUCUGAGGGACUUGGGGAGGAGAGUGUUUGGCUCCAUGAGGUCCUUGAGUCUCAAACGAAAGCCAUCCAAGAAGUGACCCUUGUACAGUGAAUGCAUAUCACCAUAGGUAAUCCUUCCAUGUUUUAAGUACAAAACUCCAGUGAUUGGUGGUAUUAUAUUUCAUGUAAAUUCAAUUGCUAUCAUUUUUCAGUUUAAGCUUCAAAGAUUUGACUGAUUAGACAGAUAUGUUGUUUGUUAUACUGGCCAUAAGGUAUCUGCCAGUCUAUUUAUCCACCACCAACAUGAUGGAAAUUCCUCUCAGGCACAAAGUCUGUAAAACCUGCUAUUAAUCUUGUUCUUGGUUCAUUCAUUCUGUAAUCUUUUGUAAAUUUUGAAAGACAUAACGUACUUUUAUAGCCUUCCUAAAACUACAAAAUGUCUGUUAAAUUUCCCCAAACAUAUUCUGCAGCAUAAUCAGCGUACUUUAACUAAAAGGUUGCAGUCUUUCCACACUGACAAUGUCUCAUUGAAAAUUAUACAAACAAUCCUGUAGGACGCAGCAUGGUCCACAGAGAAACGUUGGUGAGAAGACAGGUGAUAUUCAUUUAGGGGUGCUGCAAAUCACUACAUACCUUUUUAAAAACUUAAUUACAUGAAGAUUUUCAGUGUGAAUGCUGUGACAUCUUAACAAACACUAUUAUAAUAUUGGCUGUAGGCAGCUUUAGUACAUAUUGAGUGAAUCCUCCUGUAACUAAGUAUGAAUGUGUAUGUUGUACACUUGCCUGCAUGCUGCUCUGACUGUUUCAAGGAUUUAUAGCUAUUGUGUGAAUAUGAUAUUCAUCUUUAUUGGCAAUACUGCCUCUGAAGUACAAUCAUAUUGGCCAGAUAAUGACCAAAACCAAGCAAAUACUUUAACUUGAUAUUGUGCUCAGGAUUUUGAAAUAAAUAUUCAGUGAUUAAAAUAUUGA